AUGAGAUUCUCCAAGGCAAAAGCUGGCCUUGUGUCAUCUGGCAUGUUGUUGCUAGCAUCAGCACCAGCUGUCGUCGCCGACUGCGCGCUUCCAUCAACUUAUACGUGGACAUCAACUGGCGCUCUAGCGAAUCCAAAGUCCGGAUGGACCGCAGUCAAAGAUUUCACCAACGUGGUUUUUAACAAUAAACACCUCGUAUACGCCUCAACCACCGACGCAAGUGGGAACUACGGCUCGAUGAACUUCGGCCCCUUUUCGGAUUGGUCUGACAUGGCAACUGCGAGUCAAGUCGGAAUGAGCUUCACAGUUGUCGCGCCCACUUUGUUCUACUUCCAGCCAAAGGACAUCUGGGUCUUGGCCUACCAAUGGGGUUCGAGCACGUUUACCUAUCGAACAUCAAGUGAUCCUACCGAUACCAAUGGAUGGUCAUCGGAGCAAGCCCUCUUUUCCGGAAAGAUCACCGGUUCAGACACUGGCGCCAUUGAUCAGACCGUUAUCGGUGACGCUACGAAUAUGUACCUUUUCUUUGCUGGGGACAAUGGCAAGAUCUAUCGCGCCAGCAUGCCUAUCGACAAAUUCCCUGGAGACUUCGGAACAAGUUCGGAAGUGGUGCUGAGUGGCACUAAGAACGACCUGUUCGAAGCAGUUCAGGUGUACACCGUCAAGGGCCAGAACAAGUACCUUAUGAUCAUCGAAGCAGUUGGAGCACAACAGCAGCGGUAUUUCCGUUCAUUCGUCUCCAACAGUCUCGACGGUUCGUGGGAAGAGCAGGCAGCAAGCGAGAGCAAGCCCUUCGCUGGUAAAGCCAAUAGCGGUGCAACCUGGACCAACGACAUCAGUCACGGUGAUUUGGUUAGAACCAACCCUGACCAAACGAUGACCAUCGAUCCAUGCAACCUGCAACUCCUCUACCAGGGACGAGAUUCCACCGCCGGGGGGUAA